UUUAAUUGAGUCUUAAUUCUGGUCAGAGGUUAAAAAUACCGAAAAUACACGCCUCUUUUUUCGGUGCUCCUUUUCUCUCUCUCUUCAAGGAUCAAGUAGCCGCCGAAUCUUUUUCUGGGCCCUGAUAGACGGUUCGAUUUGAUGGCCUACCGAGGUCGAGGGCGUGGUGGAUUUGGAGGUGGCAAUUUGCGACUAGCUAAGCAAGUUCCAUUUGAACUUUUCCCUGAAAUUGAGAACUUAGGUAAUGCGGCAAGUGUCACUGAAAGGACAACACUGGCAAUUUGGCACUCAAAGUUACAGAAGUAUUGGAACUCCUCUCCUUACUAUUUGGGAGAGGAAAGUGAUGUUUUGAAGAAAACAAAAGGCAUGGAUAUAGAAAGAUUCUCAGAUAGGAAGUCAGAGAGGGGCAAGUCAAAGCCACCAUUGUCGCACUUCAUAAGGAUGGAUCCAGCCUAUGUUCCUGCAGAACUAGCUAAAGGUGGAAGGGAGGAGAAUCGUGCUGCGAAAAGAGUGCGCUGGAACCCAGAGUCAGACAUGCAAAAAUUGGAUCUUCUUGAGAAGCUUGAUAAGAAGCUUGAGGGCGAUGAGGAGAAGAAAAAAGACGGUGAAGACGAGGAGGACGAACAAGAGGAGAAAAUUGAAGAGGAAGAAGAAGAAUUUAGUGACGACGGAGAUUACAACCAGAAUCUUUAUGAUUAUGAUGAUGAUGAAGACGACUACAAUAUGAAUGAAGAUAAUAAUGGUUUGUUUGGAACACUAAAGUUACUUGAUAUGCCAACAUCUCCCGUUAUAGAGGAAUAUGAAAGUAUAAUAAUUACAGAUAGUACACCAAGUUUUAUUGAAGUAGGAUAAGUAUACCAAGAUAAGCAAACAAUUGCAACUGCAAUGAAGCACUAUUCUGUCAUGCACAAGUUCUAAUUCAGGGUUAAAAGAUCUAGUGCUAGAAGCUACUGGCUGAUAUGUGUUGGUGAAAACUGUACAUGGCACUUCAAGGCAACUAGCAUAAAUGAUUCUGCAAUGUUCAAGGUCAGAAAUUUCAACAGCCAACACACAUGCUCUUUAAUGGACAAUACAUUCAUACAACGCAAACCUACUGCCAUGGUAGUUGGUAGCAUGGUUAUUCCAAAAUAUUAUGAUCCUAAGACAAUUUACACACCGAAAGACAUAUAAUUUGACAUGUUGUCUGAACACGACGUGAAUCUAACCUACAUGCAAGCUUGGAGAGCAAAGGAAAAGGCUUUACAGUUUUUGAGAGGUCAUCUUGCUGACUCCUACAACAAAUUUCCUAGUUAUUUGUAUAUUCUAGAGAAGACUUAUCCGGGGUCUGUAGUUAAAUUGAAGAAGGCAGACGAUGACUGCUUCUUGUAUGUAUUUGUUGCGAUUUGUACGUCAAUCAGUGGUUGGGAAUAUUGCAGGCCAGUUGUAGUAGUUGAUGAGACCUUCUUAAAGUCAGGAUACAGGGGAAUAAUGCUAACAACCAGUACAAUGGAUGCAGCAGAUAUUGAAGUUUUAUUGUAGAAAUAUUGUAGCUUGUAUGUUUUUUGUAGUACUUGUAGAUAUGUUGUAGAUAUAUUGUAGAAAAGUUGUAGUUUGUAUGUAUAUGUCUUCUUCUGCAUUU